AUGGGUUUUAAAGUUACACCGGCAACAACACCGGAAACAACUUCGAAAGAACCAAAAACUGGGAGAACAAUCAGGAAUCAGUUUUGGUCGACAGGUUUCGCUAAAAGUGAUGAACAAACACCGAAACGACCUGAAACAACUGUCAGUCGACAAUUUUUACCAAAGAAAAAGCACGGAAUCAGCGAAGUUUGGUCGAAGCAAAUGCAGGAGAAUGAAAACGUCACAGUAAUGGGUUUUAAAGUUACACCGGCAACAACACCGGAAACAACUUCGAAAGAACCAAAAACUGGGAGAACAAUCAGGAAUCAGUUUUGGUCGACAGGUUUCGCUAAAAGUGAUGAACAAACACCGAAACGACCUGAAACAACUGUCAGUCGACAAUUUUUACCAAAGAAAAAGCACGGAAUCAGCGAAGUUUGGUCGAAGCAAAUGCAGGAGAGUCGUGAUGAUCUGAAACAACCCUUUCCGUAUACACCAUUCAAAUUAGGCUCAUUAAACAAAAAAACAUCAGUAAAUAUAUUGCAUGAUGGAACUUUGAAUACUCAAUUAAAUCAGGAUUUGUCACAAAUCUAUGGUACCCAACAGCAACCAGGUACCAGCGCCAUACCACGCCCGGAACCGAAAGGGAUUUGGAGAGGGCCACAAUCCGGAAUAAUUCCACCACCACCGGCUCCGUAUCGUCCAAGUAGUGCAAUGAAUAUAAAUAUACCUGUGUUAUCUCGACCCGCUUCAAGAGCGAAUAGCGAUUUAGGAAUAGGUACCAUUGCUUUUUGCGAUAGCAUUGGUAAUGUGCCUUCGAGAUAUCAAAGUUAUUGUACACUUCCUCGGCCGGAACAAAUCGAUUUCGAUCAACACUCAAAUUACGGCAAUGAAAUUAGCCAAAUGGCUAAACAAAUCAACCAGCUGUAUGGUCAUUACAAUGCACAAGUCCAACCAUCAGCUAGUCCUAAUCCAAUUAGCAAACAGGGUAUAUUACCGGGCAGUCGACCAGCAUCAUCGAUGCUUGUUGGAGCUCCAGGAAUGGCCAGCGAUUAUCUUACUCGGCAGCAUUCUACAACACUUUAUGGGCCAGCCGAAUCCAAUGUUAUUCCGCAAAUAUCUGACGACGAGAUUUUAAAGCCUGCGAAAGAAAUUAUCUACUUUGAUGCACUUUCCAUACUUUCUGUCCUUCAGGUUCUUUUUUCACUAGUAAUAUUUGGUUGUGGGGUCUUGCGGAUAAUCUGGAAUUCGAAAUGGGCAGUAGGUAUCGAGCUUGUCCUUGCUGCACUCAUUUUCUCAACUGGUGUCACCGGAAUUUGUGCCAGUAGUCGAAGGUCUUACAGCGCAGCAACAGCAACAUAUACUUUAUCGAUGCUGAACUCUAUCCUCUCUCUUAUACCUUCCAUAAUGGGUACGCUUCCGGCUAUAGCAAAUGCGUUUCCUACAUUGAAUCUGGAAUGGCUACUUGACGUGCAUGAAUCAUUGACUAUCGACUAUCUACUAAGUUUCACUUGUUUUGCCGAGACGGUGAUAGCAAUGAUAACGUCAAUCUAUGGGUGCAAAGCAUUGGGUUUAACGAUGAGGCUUGUUGAGAAGCUUCGUUUUAGUGUUGAUCUGAAUACUGUCUUCAAAAGCUUAUCUCCGGUAAACCAAAACGAACUAGACAGAAUGGACAGAAAAAAAGCAAUUGAUGGUACUUGA